AUUUACUCUGGCAAUACUUGUAGCAAAAUGGGAAAUUUCGACUAAUGUUUGUCAACGGUCUUUCCGCCUUUUGACAGCUGCUAAGCAACUAUGGCAGUGCGAUACGAACUUUGCGUGGGUCUCAAUAAGGGACAUAAAACAACAAAAGUGAAGAAUGUAAAAUACACUGGAGACAAAAAAGUUAAAGGCCUUCGUGGAUCCCGUUUGAAGAACAUCCAAACACGCCACACCAAAUUCAUGCGAGAUUUGGUUCGUGAAGUUGUAGGACAUGCUCCAUACGAAAAGAGAACCAUGGAAUUGUUGAAAGUGUCGAAGGAUAAGCGUGCUUUGAAAUUCUUGAAGCGUCGCUUAGGCACACACAUUCGUGCAAAGAGGAAGCGUGAAGAGCUGUCUAACAUCCUCACACAAAUGAGAAAAGCUCAAACUCAUGCCAAGUAAUUGUGUUUGAACUUUAUUAUACAUGCUAGAAAUAAAUGAAGGGCCGAUUGCGCUUUAAAAAAUUA